AGAGAGAGAGUGGUCGCUGUCGGAUUGAAAGAAACAGACCAAACAAAGAUCUUUGAAAUCUUAAAAAAGAUUCGGUGCCCAAAGAUUUUGACCUUCAAGACAUAAAAGAUUUACUAUUACAUGUGUUUUUUUUCUGACACUUGACCCAACUUAAGAUUUUGUUUCCUCUUCAAAGAUCUCACCAGCAACAUCUGAUCUUCCGUAUCUCUCUACUGCAACCCCACCUUUUAUAUCAAUGUCACUUUUUUCCCCUUCUUCCUCCAUCACAUCACAUUGAUUUCUGAAGUUUUUUUCUUUCUCUUUAAACCAAAGCUUCUUCUUCCUCGUUUUCUUUAAAAACCAGUCUUCAUUCUUUUCUGAGUUAGAGAGAAAUGGCUGUUGGUGAGGUCAUGAGGAUGGAGGUUCCCACCGGCGGAGAUCUGACUGUUAGUUCGCCUGACCUACAUGUUCUAGCUGUCGACGAUAGUAUUGUGGAUCGUAAAGUCAUCGAGAGGUUGCUAAGAAUCUCUUCUUGCAAAGUGACGACUGUAGAGAGUGGGACUAGGGCUUUGCAGUAUCUUGGCUUAGAUGGAAACACAGGAGCUUCUGAUCUUAAGGAUUUGAAGGUGAAUUUGAUAGUGACUGAUUACUCAAUGCCAGGACUAACAGGAUAUGAUCUUCUCAAGAAGAUUAAGGAAUCUUCUACAUUCAGAGAAAUACCCGUAGUGAUCAUGUCAUCUGAGAACAUCUUAACUCGUAUAGAACAAUGUUUGAAGGAAGGAGCAGAGGAUUUCCUUUUAAAACCGGUGAAGCUUGCAGAUGUAAAGCGAAUAAAACAACUUAUAAUGAGAAAUGAAGCAGAAGACCACAGAACCUUGAGCCAUUCUAACAAGAGAAAGCUUGGAGAAGAUGUUGAUACAUCACCAUCAUCAAGUCAUGAUUAUUCCUCUGUCAAGGACUUUCCAUCUUCAAAACGAAUGAAGUCAGAAUCUGACAUUUUUUCUCCUUUUAUUUGAAAUACAUAGAGCCAAGGCCUUAGCUAGCAUUGUCUGUUAAUAUUCCACAACUAAGUUUUUUUGUUCAUGCCUUUUUGUUUUGUGGUCAAUACAAAGACUGUGUUUCUGGUUUUA